UACUCUCAAUAGUAUUGAUCGUUAUGUAACCUGAAAACUGAAUGAAAAUAGAGUGUUGUACUAGAAUUAAGUGUUUUUGUCUCCUGUUACACUCACGACCUGUUGUCUCAUUAACAGAAGGAAGUUUUAAAUGAUUAAGCUCAUUUUGUUAAAGGCAGAUGUAACGAUUUCAGUAAAGGACCCCUGCAGACAAGGACUGCCUACCAUGGUCGAGUCCCGGGGCGCAACUGAACUGUCAAAAUAUCGGCUGGGGAACAUAGAUUUUAAGAGCUUUCAAAACUCACAUUGGUGGCAUUUCAACCAGUGGUUUUAAUAGAAAAUAGUCCCAGUCAUGUUAUUUAACGUACCCGUACGUCGUCAUGUAUAACAUUUUAUUUUUCAUAUAUUAUCAACAAUUAGGCUGUAUCGGACUGGUCCGGCGGUCAUCGGACAAGCGGAAUAGAUGCGUGUAUACAAGGCUGCACUGAUAUUUCAGGGUGGGCGUAGAGGGUGCUUCCACUAAACAGAAGAGUUAUCUACUACCCUAGUGUGGAGUAAGCCAAAUUUUUUUUUCUUUUUUGUUGAUAAGUGGCAAAUUAGAUUUUGUAAGCACGCCUCACUAAACGUUCAGUGUUUGAUGUCUGCAAUUUUAAAGGGAUAAGUCAGUUGUACUUGGCAUAUCGCGACAUUUAGGUGCAGUAAGUAUAAGUGGUACGACUGUCUAUCCCAAAAAACUUGCCCGAGCAUGGAGACCACGGAGAGGACAGCGGAGACACCGGACCCGCUGGAUUUCAGCGUGGAGAACGUGGAGAAGGCUCUCCAUCAGCUGUACUAUGACCCGGACAUUGACAACAAGAAUGUGGCGCAGAAGUGGCUCAUGAAGGCCCAGGUGUCUCCCCAAGCCUGGCAGUUCUGUUGGGCUCUGCUCAGCUCAGAAAAGGUCCCAGAGAUCCAGUACUUUGGGGCCAGUGCCCUCCACACCAAGAUCUCCUGUUACUGGGCUGACAUCCCUGCAGAGCAGUAUGAGAGUCUCAAAACGCAGCUGUACUGCCACAUCGCCCGCUUCACUUCUGGUUCCAAGAUGGUCUUCACACGCCUCUGUGUGGCCCUGGCCUCCCUCGCCCUCAACCUCAUGCCCGAGACAUGGCCGGCCGCCGUGACGGCGAUGGUGGGUGCGUUCCAGCGGGAUGCAGGGGAGACGGCCGGCCCGGCACUGCUGGAGAUCCUCACCGUGCUCCCGGAGGAGUUCCAGACCAGCCGGCUGCCUCAGGCCCGUCGUGUCCGCGUUCGGGAAGCCCUGACUGGGGAGUGGGCCGCCGUUUGUCCCCUGCUUCGCCGCGUCCUGCAGCAAGACGACUCAUCCUGCCAGGUGAAGGCAUGUGCACUCAAGUGCCUCUCCAGCUGGGUGACACUCGAGGUUCCACUGAGCGAGAUCCAGGGCCUUUUAGAGGACAGCUUCGCCAUGCUGGCCGACCCAGAGCUCUUUGACGCUGCCGUGGAGGCCAUCGUUAACACCAUCUCCCAGCCAGAUUCUCAGAGGUAUGUCAGUUCGCUGCUGAAGCUGGUGCCCCAGGUGCUGCAGUUGCAAGGUCAGCUGAGGGAGGCAGCAGAGAGUGGGGACAUGGAGACCUCCCAUGGAAUCUGCCGCAUCGCUGUGGCCCUUGCGGAGACCCACUCCAGGGUUCUGCUGGAUCAGGUAGAGAACUGGCAGGGGUUCCUGGCCCUGGUGAACAUGGUCAUGUUCUGCACUGGCAUUGCUGGGCACUACCCUGUGAAUGAGACCACCAGCUCCCUGACGCUAACCUUCUGGUACACCCUACAGGAUGACAUCAUGUCAUUUGAUGCUGAGAGGCAGGCUGCCUACAUGCAGAUCUACAGGCCUGUGUACUUCCAGCUGGUGGAUGUUCUGCUGCAUAAGGCCCAGUUCCCUGCAGAUGAGGAGUACGCAACCUGGUCCCCUGAUGAGAAGGAGCAGUUCAGGAUCUACAGGGUGGACAUCUCCGACACCCUGAUGUACGUGUACGAGAUGCUGGGCACUCAGGUCCUUAGCAACCUGUAUGAUAAGCUGGGGAGGCUGCUGACGGAGCCGGAGAGGACGGCACCCUGGCAGCAUACAGAAGCCAUUCUGUAUGGCUUCCAGUCCAUCGCUGAGACAACAGAUGUCAACUACUCAGACGUCAUCCCUGGGCUCAUCGGGCUCAUUCCCCGAAUCAGCAUCCGGAACACGCAACUGGCCGAAACGGUCAUGUUCACCAUAGGCGCUCUGGCUGAGUGGCUGGCUGACCACCCUGUCAUGCUGGGUGCUGUGCUCCCCAUGGUCCUUCAGGCCCUGGGGAACCCUGAGCUCUCGGUAUCCAGUGUCUCCACACUGAAAAAAAUCUGUAGGGAGUGCAAACAAGACCUGCUGCCAUUUGCCGGUGACAUCAUCGCGGUGUCGCAGGAAGUGCUCAUAAAGCAAAUCCAUAAGUCUAGCCAGUGCAUGUGGCUGAUGCAGGCCCUGGGCUUCCUGCUGUCAGCCCUCCCAGUGGAGGAGAUCCUGGAGAACUUGCUGUCCCUCAUCACUCCCUACAUCCAGCAACUGGAGAAGCUGGCAGAGGAGGUGCCUAACCCCUCUAGCAAGGUGGCCAUCAUCCACAAUCUUGGCAUUUUGUCCAGCCUCUUCACCACACUGGAUAUCAAGAAACAGGGGGAGACAACUGGGGAAGGCUCUCCCCCUGGCGAGGCAGCCCCUGCCCAGCUGGGCGCCAACCCUGUGGUGGUAGUGCUACAGCAUGUCUUUACCCUGAUCCAAACCAUGCUGAGCAAGUGGCUGAACAACCCUCAAGUGGUAGAAGCUGUGUGUGCCGUCUUUGAGAAGUCCAUGAAGACUCUCCUCAAUGACUUUGGUCCCAUAGUGUCCCAAUUGAGCAAGAUGUUGGGCCAGGUGUAUGGUACCGUCCCCCAAGCCUCUGUGCUUAAUCUUAUAAGCCUGAUGAUUCACAGUUUUGCCAACGAGGAGGAACAUUACCCAGGGAUCAAAGCUGUUUUUGAACUGGUCACCUCUGUCACCCAUUCCAUCUUUCAGCAAGGGCCCAGGAAUCAUCCUGAUAUUGUUGAUUCGUUUAUGCAGCUCCAGGCUCAGGCGCUCAGGCGGAAGGCGGACCUUUUUCUGUCUGAAAAUGUUGAUGUGAAAGCUGUUUUCCGCUGCGGGGUGAUAUCUUUGGAGUUUCCGGAGGCUCCGACUGUGAAGUCUACGUGUCUGUUUUUUGUGGAGCUGCUUCCUCACUGUGGCGACACCCCACCAAUAGGCCAGGUGGUGCGGGAGGAUGGUGAACUGCUGCUGAAGGCUGUGCUCAAGGGCAUCGGAGGGUGGUCUCCGCGUGGUCUGAUGGAGCAUUUCGGGGAGGUGCUAUUCUCCCUGAACAAGCACUGUGCCGCCCUGCUGGAGGUGUGGCUGAAAGUGAACUUGCAGCUGCAGGACUUCCCAUCACCUCGUGUCUCGGCUGAACAGAAGAAGACCUUCGCAGAGCAGAUACUCAGGGUGCAAUCAAACAAAUGGCAGCUGAAGGAGACGGUGAAGGAAUUUGGCCUUCUCUGUCGAGGUCUGCACGGCACCGAGUACGCCGCUGAAUACUGACUCCAGAGCUCUUCUGCACGUACUGUACGAAAAUCUUAGGCGGUCUGAGAAAAUGAUGUAUAAAUGAUCUUCUUCUUGGUGUAAAACUGAAAUUUUGUAUGUCAAAGUGUGUCAGCUUAGCCAUUCCGAAAACCUCCCCUGAAGUCACCCCAUAAUUUCCAGCAACUAUACAAUACACGCAUGUAUUAUUUGACUGGACCACUAGCACACCUCGUACAGCUAUCAAUAUCUCAUUGACUUUUUUUUUUUAACAAAUUAAGUUAAUUGAGUGAGCUGGUGGUGAAAUUUAACAAAUACAUGGAAUGGCUGGGGUCCCCCUCAGGGGAGGUUUGGGAACUGAAGCUGUGUUCAUGUAGCCAUCCAGCAAGAUGUCGGUGACUUUCUGGAGCACAGAAGAAAUUCCUGUCAGUUUUCAUUGUGUUACGCAUAUGUCCCAAUGUUAAAUUGUGUUUUUGUUCUGAGCACAUGUACACAUACCACCCAGAUAAGUAGCUUUAAACAUUUCCUUUGACUGCCUAAGACUUUUGCACCGAGAGGGUCCCGCCAAAGUCGUCAUCCGCCGACCUGAGUUUCGUAACUUCUGUAAUCUGCCAACUUGGACCUCCUGCCUUGGCCCUCAAACACAGGACUAUUCAAGCUUCAGCUGCUACUGGUGUCCCAGAGGGCAGGGGAAUCCCAGCAGUGUGAUCUCACUUUCCAGCAUCGACCCUGGGUGGUCAGGAUACCUGAGAGAAAGGGCAAUCCCCUCCCCCCCCCCCGAUAUUUGAUUACUUAAUGUUCUGAGGUCCAUGCGUAUUUAAUAUCACACUCCAUUUUCCUUCCCCUCUACGAAAGCGACUCCCUCCCUUUUAUACCCCAGCUGAAUGCACACCAUCCGUCCAGGAUCCGGGCGAAUGGAGUCUGUCCCAGGAAACACAGGGAAAGUGGAAUUCUAGUUUUGACCAUGCAGGUAAAUGCCUGCCUAGUUAAAAGGAGAAAUGGGAUUUUAAUGUUAAAUCUGCAAUAUCAUAUAUUUUUUGCGUUUUCAAGAAUGUUCUUUUUUUGUAUUGGAUUUUAAUUAUCUGAAAGACUCUUUUCGCAAUUUAAUCCUGUGCUCUAUACUUUUAUAUCGAGAAGACUGAAGUGCCCCAUAGGAACAUUCUGGAUGAAUGCUAUCUAUAUAUUCCAUGCAGAUAAUACUUUGAUGAGAAAUUAGUAUUUCUAAACAGCAGUUUCUCUUUCAAA